AUGGCUUCCAGCCCUCAUUCCACCGCUAGCUCCUCUGCCACCAAUCCCUUCUCCACUGCUGCUCCUACGCCAAUCCCUGCCUCCACGCUCCAGCUCGUCAACAUCCGGUCGCAUGUACCGAUCGAACUGGACUUCACCGAGGCAAACUACUCAGCCUUCUUCAUGCUGACCUUCCGCAAGUUCGGCAUGCUCGAUCAAAUCGACGGCACGGUGGAUGCACGACAGCACAUCUACGAUGCCGAAUGGACCCAGGUUGACUCUGCCAUCGUCUCAUGGCCGUACACGACCGUUUCCCGGGAGAUCUUCAACACCAUGCUGAAGCCCAACUACAACACGUACUGCGUCUGGACCGCCAUCGCCGGCGUGUUCCUCGACAACAGUAUGCAACGCGCCGUUUACACGCAGCAGAAAUUUCGCAGCUUGUACCAAGGUGAUCUUUCUAUGUCUGAGUACUGCGCUCAUCUCAAGCAGCUCGCUGACACGCUCCGAGACGUCGGUGCUCCGGUGACGGAUCAAUACAAACUGUGA